GCUGAUUGUGGGGCAGAGCAGGGACAGGAGAGUGAAAGGGACAGACACAGGGACAGGACAGACACAGGGACAGGGACAGGACACCCUGCUGGGUGAGCAGCUCCUCACCUGGACCAGCUCCAGCUCCCAGAGGCUGUCCCAGCCCCUCUCCUCCAGGAGCUAUGGGGAACACCCCGGGUGUGCCAGGGGAAGCUGAGGAUGACAACACCUGCAGGGUGAAGAGCUACCAGCCUCUCCCCGAGGCUCCUGACAGGGUUCAAAACGGGUCUGUGGUGUGUGCUCAGAGCCCUCCCCCGGCAGUGAACGAAGCGGAUGCCCGGGCGGCCGCAGGCCGGGAUAAUGGGGCCGUGUCUGCGGCAGAGCCGAGCGCUGGGAGCGCUGCCAGGAGGGCUCCGGCAGCUGCCAGGCCCCGCUCGCUGCUGGCCGUGCCCUGGGCUGUGCCAGGCCGUGCCGAGGGACCCUCAGAGCCCUCAGUGCCCGCUGCCGGUGCUGCCGGUGCCGCCGGGCCGGACGACGCCCCGAGCGCGGGACCCGCGGCCCAGCAGGGCGGCCGCACAGCCCCGGCGCAGGACACCGCGCUCACAGGGACACCUGGGGGACAGCAUGUGGCCGCCCCGCAGGCCAGGGCAGUGACGCUGCUGGACAGGAUCUUCAGGCUGGAGAAGGGCACGGCCAGGACACGAGGGGAGGCCCGGCAGGCGAGGCCGGGCUCGGACGGGCCCGACGGGAGCAUCGCGCCCAACGCCGUCAAGGAGAUAGAUGAGUGCACCCAAAAGGAGCUCGGGCAGGACUCUGCAGGUGAGGAGGGCCCAGCUGCUGCAGCACCUGGCAGGGCACAGCUAGAGCAGGACAGUGCCCAGGCAGCUGCAGCACAGGGCUCAGUCAUGAGCUUCCUCAAAACACUGGUCUCCCCAAGCAAAGCUGAAGCCAAAAGUGAUUCUGAAGACAAGGGCUCCAAGGCAGAGAAGGGCCCUGGGGGACAGCCUGGCCCGAAGGCAGCAGCAGAAUCCCCCUCCAAAGGAGGCAAGAAAAAGAAGGCAGAGAGCCCCAAGCUGGGCCACAGCACCUUUAGCAAACUCUUUAGGCACAAGGCUGUGAAAGAAACCCAGCAGACAACCAACACCAAAAGCCCUGAGCAGCCUCCUGUCACCUGUGUGAAAGCAGACAGGAAUGUCCCUCCCUCCCAGGAGCCACCAGCCAAGCAGAACCCAAAAGCACCAGAGGCUGUGACCCCUGUGCAGGCAGUGGCCACUGAAACCCCCCGGGAGGCCACCAAGGACAAGGGCUCAGCCACUCCCCUGCCCCUGAGCAAGCUCUUCUGGAAAAAGAACUCCUCAGAAGAAGCAGAGGCUGUGAGCAAUGAGAAGGCAGAGGUGGCUCUGGAGGUGGUGGCUGUGGACAGGGACGAGAGCAAGAGCGCGGAGAGCGCCGAGCUGAGAGCGCGAGGGGCCGAGAGCAAAACGCCCAAGGCAAACCUGAGGAGGUUCUUCAAGCUGUCAGUCAAGGGUGCUGGAGGGACCCCCAGUUCAGAGGAGGGAGAUGCUCCCAGCCCCAGACACCACCAUACCCUGAACGCCACGGAGAAGCCUCUUGCCCCAUCUGACAGCGACCCUGGGGGCCAGAGGAGCAAAGAGGGCUCCAGGGACAAGAAGUCCACGCUGGAGCUGGGCAAGCAGAAGGGCAGGGAGCAGCCAGAGCCCCGGGAGGGAGCAGCAGCCGAGCCCGACUCCGUCCAGAACGGCGGCGACGCCAAGGAGCCCCCCUGCAAGAGGACAGAGAAGAGGCAGUCCCUGGGAGGGUUCUUCAAAGGCCUUGGCUCCAAAAGGAUGUCGGAUGCAGAAGUGCAGACAGACCCCGUGUCCAUCCUCCCUGCUGGCAAAUCCAAGUAGUGCCCAGCCCUGGCUGCUGAGGGGAGGCUCAGCAGCUCUCUGGGAGCUCCUGGCAGCAGAAAUGACUCAGAAAUGACUCCUUUUCCUCCCUUGGCUGUCAGCAAACCCUGGGGCUGAAGCAAACACCGGGGUGUCAUUGCAGGUUGUCACAGGUUUGUUCUUCACCUGUAGGGAGCAGCUCUAAAGAUCCCCAAGAAAUGUGUUUGAAGGAAGGUGGUGUGGAUGGUUUGAGGUGUGGAGAGGGGAGAAUAAGUCAGGGAUGAGGGUGGCAGAGAAUUCAAUAAAUGGCAGAAAAACACAGCACGUGCAAAGGAGGGCAGCGAGGCAGCUUGAAAGGAGAGCUUGAAAGCAGCCAGGAAAGCCAGAGAUCCCCUGGUUUCAUCCAGGGCAUACAUUUAAUUUAAUUUAAUCCCCCUGGAUGACUGUUCUGCUUCAAUGCCAAAACAGCCGAGUCACUUCUGGUGGGGUUUCGACAGAGCUGAAAUCCGAGCUGAGCCCUUCAGCCCCAGCCCGCGGUGCCCAGCCCCUGCUUCUCUUGGUUAUUAAUGGAAAUUAAAACGCUAAAAUGCAAAGGCUUGUCGUGACUGGGCAGCCCCUCUCUCGGCCCGGCGGGGUGGGAUAACAGAUUAAAAACUAUUUAAGGUUCUAACAGGACACAAGAGGGCACCACGUCCCCUGACGCCGGGCUGUGCUGCCAGCCGGGAGUUAAUGUUCUUAGAUCGUAGGAAACUUAGUUCUUCAUCCUGAUACUUGUUUAUAUCCCUACUUGUCAUUAAUCCUAAUAAAAACCAAAAUCAAAGCUGCCCGGGCAGCUCCCUGCUUCACAA